AUGGGGAGGCGAGGCGGGGAGAGCACGGCGGGGCCUUCAGCUCCUCCUCGCCGCCCUGCAGCGCUGGGAGGCGGUGCGAGGGCCCGCCCGGGGGCCGCGAACCUCAGCCCUCGCCCCGCAGCGCCCCAGAUGCGCGGGGCGCGGGGCGGCUGCAGCGGCCGGGGGCUCUGCGUGGUGGGGAAGGGACUGUUCAGAGGUUCCACAAAUCGGUGCCCUUCUGGAAAAAGCAGAGAGUCUCUUCCAGCAGUUUUUGAGAAAAAUGUGCAGGAAGCCAUUGACAAUUAUACUUGUGAAAUGCUUUCAUCACUUUCAUCUAGUGGUCGUACAACACCCACAGAGUUGAAUAGUUCUUGGUCUGGAAUAAACAGCUAUACUACUGGUUUGUCUACUGAAAGAAGUUCAGUUUAUUCCUGGAGGGAUGAUGAAUUUGAUAAAGCCAACACACAGAGAGUGCAUCAGUUAUUUUGGGAGAUUGAUGAAAUGCUGUUUGAAGGAAAAGUGACCUCCCAAACUCAGAGCCUGCAGGCAGAAUGUGCAGACUGGGUUGAACAAUUUCCUCAUCUAAGGGUUCUGGGAAGGCAGCUCCUAUUGCCAAAGGACGAAGGCGUUCAGCAUUUUCAGAGCAGAAGUGCCUCCUGUGUGGAUACUAAGUGUCUACCUGGCCACCGUGAAUGUACUAGUAAUAUAAAAGAGCUCUGCAUUUCAGGCUCUAAACUGAUCCCAACAGCAUCUCCAAUACAUAAAGCACUAGAUUCAAGUUCCACUAAGAUUUCUACUUCUGACUCAUAUAUGUAUUUAUUCCUGGAAGAAGAAAUCUACGAUGUGGAUGGAAAAAUAGAAGAAUAUUUUGCCUUUGACAACAAGGAGCUUGAUGAUGAGAGUUGGCAAGAAAAAAAAAUACAUCCGGCUGAGAAGAGGAGUAAGCGUGGCUUUCCCCCUGUUUCUCCCAAUGCUUGUAUCAAAGAUGCUGUGGCUUCUGAAGUGUUUGAUUGUAUCUGGAGCAAUAUCAUUGGAAUAUUGGAAGAACUGAUUAAAAAAAAUUGGGAAACUAGUAUCAUAGACGGUGGCAGACAGGUGGAAAAGCUGAAAGCUGUUACAACAAAACCACCACAUUUGCCAGUUGUUCAUAUUACUGCAGAUGCUGGGACUGUUUCUCUUUCCAGAGGUUCUGAAACACAAAGUGUAUCUUUUGUUUCCUCACAGGUUCACCGUUUCUCCAGCAACUUCUGUAGUGAUUUGAAUGGUGUGAUGACAAUUCAAGCAAAGCCACUUCAGAAGAGGCCUGUUGCCACAGCAGAAAAAAUACAGCAUGAGCAAGAAGACAAACAGCAUUGCAUUGGCUCCAGUGCUCCAAGUUCAGUGCUGCAUACUAGGUUGGGGAGAAUUUCUGAUAACAGUGUUCUCUCAACAUCUCGGGUACUGCUGACAUCUUCUAGGAAGCUACCAAGCCAUCGUAGGUUACCUUCUCUCACUUCUGACCAACUCUUCUCAAAACCUCCUAAUGUGUACAAUGAUGAAAUCCUUAGGGGGACUAAAUUACGUGCCAACUCAGAUCGUUUGUCUUCUGCUUGUGCAUCUACAACCCAGAAUAAGCUACCACCAAUAAACUCAGAGGCUGUUGAACAAUAUCUUUCAGUGCCUCAGUUGCAGCAGAGCUCUCGUCGAGGGCGAUAUGUCCACAGCAGAGUGUCAAGUGCAGUGUCUGGUGGUACAGAGCAACAGCCACUCAGAGAAAGAAUUGUCUUUAAUGAUCAGUUUUCAAGACCCAACACAACUCAUACAUUCAGGAUACGUUACAGUGCUCACAGCAUUACUACAGAUCCUUUCAGAGAAAUCCUCCAGCCUCAAGGAGGAGAUAUCAGAUUGCUUCUUAACCCAUCUGAUGAAGAAACAGAACCCCCCUGCACUAAAUGA